AUGACUACACCAGCAAUCAAGCCAGGGUUCUUGGGGAACCUCAGCAGCGACCAGGAAGAGAAGCUUCAAAAGCUAUGGAAGCUCGUGCUCGCUGCUGGCAACUAUGCCAAUGAGGGCAGCGACGAAGCUACUGAGGAUGAGGCGCCCAAGAGCCCUACCUCACCUCCUCCCCGCCGAUUCUCUCUGCUGAGUCGCACCCAAAGCAAUAUCUCAGAAACCAGUGUUGCCACAUACAGCCGACCAUCCCAGAAGAACACCCUUGCUAUGCUUAAGGAUAUGGGCAUUCAAUCCAAUGAGACUAAAAUGGUUCAGAAUGCCCUGUCAAAGAUUGAACCCAACGAGCUGCAGCGAGCUAUCUUAGAUCUGAUAAAGCACGAUAGCCCUGACGCAAUGCUGCUGCGGUUCCUUCGUGCUCGCAAGUGGGAUGUCCCCAAGGCAUUCGCUAUGAUGACUGAGGCCCUUGUCUGGCGUGUGAAAGAGGCUCACGUCGACGACCAAAUCAUACCUCAGGGUGAAUUACACGCUGCGAAGGCGGAGAAGGGCACGGACGCCAAAGAAAAGAAAAUGUCAGAAGGUUUCUUAGCUCAGAUGAGAAUGGGCAAGGCUUUCAUCCACGGCUACGACAAAAUUGGCCGCCCUGUUGUCUACAUUCGGGUGCGGAUUCAUAAACCUGGUGCUCAGACCGAAGAGGCUCUGGAACGAUACAUUAUACACACAAUUGAGUCGGUCCGCUUACUGUUGAAGGGCCAGACCGAGACAGCUGCCGUUUUCUUCGACAUGACAGGCUUCAGUCUCUCCAACAUGGAAUACCCUCCCGUGAAAUUCAUCCUCAAGUGUUUUGAAGCAAACUACCCCGAAAGUCUUGGGGUGUUGAUCAUUCACAACGCACCAUGGGUCUUCUCGGGUGUCUGGAAGUUGAUUCGUGGCUGGAUGGAUCCUGAUAUCGCCGCCAAGGUCCAGUUCACAAAUAACGUGGCUGAUGUAUCGAAGAUCAUUGAUCCCGACCGUCUUCCGGAAGAGCUGGGCGGUAACGAGAAGUGGAAGUAUGAAUACAUCGAGCCCAAGGAGGACGAGAACAAGGCCUUGGAAGAUGUUAUUACUCGGGACGCUCUCUGGAAGGAGCGCCAGACAAUCGGCCAAGAGUUCCUGGCUGCAACCGCCGCGUGGGUCGAUGCCGCCGCAAAGAAGGAUGCCGACCAAACUCAGAAGACCAAAUCUGAGAGAGAGUUUCUGACUGAGCGCCUCCGUGUCAAUUACUGGAAGAUUGACCCAUACACACGCGCUCGUAACUGGCUGGACCGGACUAACGUGAUUCAAGAUGGUGGUCACAUUGAUUUCUACCCUGAGGAAACGAAGGAAAAAAGCUCGGAGACUCAGACUGCCAAUAUGCCUGCCGAAGAGGUCAAAUCUGAUGCUAAAGAUAAAGAGGCAACAGCCCACAUUGAGACGACAAAUGGUGCAGAUGUUGAGGUUGCUGCUUGA